AUGCCCCCAGCGGGACUCGAACUCGCGACUGCUGGCACAGCAAACAUACUUCAUCUGACCACUACUGCGAAGGAACACUUUAGCUACUCAGGCGGGUCGCUAUUGAUGGCGUUACUGAACAUUCGCAGUGAUUGGUAUUUGUAUAUUUGGCUUAUAUAUCGCAAAAUCUAUUCAGUUAUUAUUUGGUUGGUUGGCAAUCAUUGCCAAAGUGAUAAGGGUCGGUCGGUGAUAAGCGCCGGAGUGAGCCAGUCGUCUGGAAGCCUCCACAGAGUGCGCACGCGUCGCAGGAAACCACUGCAGCAUCGCAAACACGUCGUGGCAUUAGUGAGGAGAUCUUCAUUGAGAAGAAUAGUAAUGGCACCUGGAGCUACUGCACACGCCAUGAUGGAGGAUAAGGAAAAAAUCCUUGCCAAUGUUUCUAUGCGCAGGCGCCGCAUUAGCCAAUUUGCACCUUUGCUAAUCGCGCUGGUUGGUUUGCCCGCUCGCGGCAAGAGUCAGCUAGCUCACCGUCUAUCUAGACAUCUAAAUUGGAAUGGAGAAAGCACAAAAGUGUUCGACUGCAGUGAGUACCGCCGCAAGCAUAUGGCGCUGUAUGGCAGUCAUGAUAUCUUCCGUGCUGACAACCAGCAAGGGUCUGCCAUCCGUCGGCAGAGCGCCCGUGAGGCUGUGCAGGAUGCUGUGCUGUGGCUCAAAGAAGGGAACAGCGUUGCUAUCUUCGACGGCACAAACAUAACAAGAGAACAGCGUCGCGAGUUACACGACUAUUGUAUCUCCGAUAUGGGUUUCAGGAUUUUAUUCAUUGAAUGCGUCUGCGAAGACCAAGAGUUGCUUGAAAGGAAUAUCAUUGAAAUACUGCACUAUUCCGCUGAUUACAAGACAAUGAGCGAGGAAGAGGCCAUCGAUGACCUGAGGAAGAAGUUAGAGCACUACAUGCGUCAAUAUGAACCUAUUGAUGCUACCUUGGAAAAUAUUAACUUUGUGCGCGUAGAGAAUAUGGGAGAAACUGUGACAGCCCACAAAGUCUCUGGACAGAAGGAAUCUGGCAUUCUGGGCUAUUUGUCCGGAAUGAGAGCCUUCCCUCAAACUCUUUAUUUUACUCGGCACGGUGAGAGCGAGUAUAACGUGCUGGGCCGUAUCGGCGGCGACGCGGCGCUGUCCCCGCGCGGGCAGAGCUACGCGCACGCGCUGGCCGAGCACGUGAACGCGCUGGCCGUGCACGAGCCCUUCAGCGUGUGGACGUCCGAGCUGCACCGCACCAAGCAGACCGCCGCUGAGAUAUUGGCUCCCAAGAGAGCUGUGCGAGCUCUCAAUGAGUUGGAUGCUGGUAUUUGUGAAGGGUUGACCUACGAGGAGAUGCAGGAGCGUUUUCCUCAGGAGUUCGCUUGGCGUGAUCAAGACAAGUUGCGCUACCGCUACCCGUGGGGAGAGUCCUACAUCGACAUCAUGACAAGAUUACGCCCAGUUCUCUCUGCUUUGGAAGAUGAGCAUAAUGUGGUCGUUGUGGGCCAUCAGGCGGUACUGCGGUGCAUGUUGGGAUAUUUCUUGGAUGCUAAACUUGAUGAGCUACCUUACAUGAAUGUGCCGCUUCACACCAUAGUAAAGCUUACAUCCUACGGCUACAAGUAUAAAGUAGAAAUGAUCAAGCUCCCUAUUGAAUGCGUGGAUACACAUCGCAAACAGCCCAAGAACUGUUCAAUAACCCGCAGUACCGACGAUGCGUUGGUCACCGUCCCCUCUCACUACGACACGUUGCCUUCUAACUUAUGGCAAAACAAUGAAGCACAGCUU